CGAAACAAAAAUUCUCGUAAACCUUUUCCUCCUCUUCAAGCACAACCACGUCUCUCUUUUUCCCCUCUUCCUAAAACCCUUCUCUGUUUCAUUACCCCACCGCCAUCCCAAUUCACAAGUUAGUUCAAUUUUUUUUGCUCUUGUUUGUGCAAUCCAUAUAGCAGAAACCCUAAUUCAGAAAUGUCGGUGAGUAGAAUAUCAUCUCGGUUCUCAAGGAAUGUGUUGACACAGUGCCGCCUCUAUUAUCGUCAACAAAAGCAACAGCAGCAACACCACCUUCCCAUCCUUUCAUCUCAGUUUCACUCCGUUCGUGACAUCAAAGAAAAGGUGUCUCUACUACCUGACUCUGCCUUGCAAUGGUUUGGAAUCUCAUCCUCUGCAUCACCCCAACCUAAUGAAAAAGAAACAUCUCAGUCCCAAGGUGAAGGAGGAAGCACAACAGAGAAAGCUUCAGCCUCUGCUGAUUCUCACAUUCAGGAUGAGAAGGAUGAAUCAGAUAUAGAUGCGGAGGACCUUUCUAGGGAUGACCUGGUGAAACUUGUGGUUGAGAAGGAAGAACUCCUGAAGAUGAAAGAUGAUGAGUUUCGGAAAUUGCAGGAUAAGUUUCUCCGGAGUUAUGCAGAGAUGGAGAAUGUCAUGGAGAGAACUAAACGAGAAGCAGAAAAUUCCAAGAAGUUUGCCAUUCAGAAUUUUGUGAAAGCCCUACUAGAUGUGCCUGAUAACUUGGGCAGGGCUUCUUCCGUUGUAAAAGAAAGCUUUUCUAAGAUUGAUGCAUCUAAGGACACAGUUGGAGCCAUGCCACUUCUGAAGACACUAUUGGAAGGUGUUGAGAUGACUGAUAAACAGCUGGCAGAGGUAUUCAAGAAAUUUGGUGUUGAAAAAUACGAUCCUACAAAUGAACAGUUUGAUCCGAAUAAGCAUAAUGCAGUAUUUCAAGUACCUGAUCCUGAAAAGGCUCCUGGCGUGAUUGCUGUUUGUCUUAAGCCGGGGUACACCUUGCAUGACCGAAUUAUUCGGCCUGCUGAAGUUGGUGUAACAGUAGCCGUGGAGAGAGAGGCUGAUCAAAGUACAAACACUUAAAUGGGUGGCUCACUACUGAGGCUUUAGAGCUUGGAGUAGACAAAGUCCUUGCUAUUUAAAAUCAGAAACAUUUUGCUCGCAGGCAAUUUGAGUUCUAGAUAUUCCUUCAGGGGAGGUGUUCAUUGUGCAGAUGUUAAUCUAUUGGUCUUUUUGGUUUGACGUUAAUCCAGAGUUGUCUUAAAUUGGAACAUUUAGAAGUCUCUGAUUCAUAAGGUAUUCGUAUUGCGCGUGGAGCACUUUCCUUCUCCACUUCUUUAUCGAUACGCAAGUAUUGUUAUACGUUUUGAACUUUUUAGUGGGAAUGUAACUUAUUCUGCAUAAGAGACCCACGACUUCUUUUCUUUUGCUAAACCGGAGCUCUGAGUGAAAGAAGUGAGCAUUAUUUUUCAGCUAAUGGUGAAGGCAAGGAAAAACACGUUCAGCUUC